AUGGCCUCCCUCGCAAGAUCUAUGCGACCCCUCGCCCGAGUAGCUGUCAACGCAUCAUCAAGAACUCCCACUGUCCGAACGCCUUUCACGCGAUCUGUGCCAGCAGCAAGAUGUCUAUCAACCACGCCACAGCGACGAAACGCAGAUGUAGUCGAUCUCGAUUCCCUCGAACCAACCCCGAUAUUCCACCUCAAUGAAGUCGAAGCUGCCAUGGCAGAUUCGGUGUCACGAUUCGCAAACGAGGUCAUUCUUCCCAAAGUACGUGACAUGGACGAGGCGGAGAAGAUGGACCCAGCUGUUGUAGAACAAUGUUUCGAGCAAGGCCUCAUGAGUGUGGAGAUACCUGAGAAGUACGGCGGUGCGGGCAUGAACUUCACUUCUGCAAUUGUGGGCAUCGAAGAGCUUGCGAAGGUGGAUCCAAGUGUCAGUGUUAUGGUGGAUGUGCACAACACAUUGGUGGUCACUGCCAUUCUCAAGUACGGCACAGAAGAGAGCAAGAAGAAGUGGCUGCCGAGAUUGGCAACCGAGACCGUUGGCUCCUUCUGUCUGUCAGAGCCAGUUUCUGGAUCAGACGCAUUUGCAUUGAAGACCAAGGCAGAGAAGACUGCAGACGGAUACAAGAUCAACGGCAGUAAGAUGUGGAUCACCAACUCCAUGGAGGCUGGCUUCUUCAUCGUCUUCGCCAACCUCUACCCCGAGAAGGGGUACAAGGGUAUCACUGCCUUCAUCGUCGAUAAGGAGAAUCCUGGCCUCUCAAUCGCAAAGAAGGAGAAGAAGCUCGGUAUCAAGGCCUCCUCGACUUGUGUUCUCAACUUCGACGAGUGUGAAAUCCCUAAGGGCAACCUGCUGGGCAAGGAGGGCGAUGGCUACAAGUACGCCAUUGGUCUCCUGAACGAAGGACGUAUUGGUAUCGCCGCACAGAUGACCGGACUGGCCAUUGGAUCUUUCGAGAACGCAGCCAAGUACGUGUGGAACGACCGGAAGCAAUUCGGCAUGCUCGUUGGUGAAUUCCAGGGCAUGCAGCACCAGCUCGCUCAAGCUUGGACAGAGAUCACUGCAGCUCGUGCCUUAGUCUACAACGCUGCUAGGAAGAAGGAAGCUGGCCAGGACUUCGUCAUCGAUGCUGCUAUGGCCAAGCUUUACGCCUCGCAGGUCGCCAACCGAGUAUCGGGUCAAGCCAUUGAAUGGAUGGGUGGUAUGGGCUUCGUCCGUGAAGGCCUGGCUGAGAAGUAUUGGAGAGAUUCGAAGAUUGGGCAGAUUUACGAAGGUACGAGCAAUAUCCAGCUCACGACAAUCGCCAAGCUACUCCAGAAGGAGUAUACCCAGUGA